AUCGAUUUGGCAUAUGAAUAUUGCGACAAGCAUAAUGUGCCAUACAAAAAAGUCGGGAAACUGAUUGUUGCUGUGGAGGAAGCAGAAGUACCACGUUUGGAGGUUCGCUGUGUUGUUGCUGCCUUUUUUUUUUAA